UCUGAUUCUCCCUCCUUAAAAAUAGGAGGAGUGCUGCCAGGAUAUAAAGCUGAAUGUAACACAGACUCCAUUUUUCACUCACUUACACUGAGACUCAAAAGGCAGAAACAGACACAGCCGUGAAACAUGAAAGGAUACAGUGUUGUGCUGUUUUGUGUGUUGCCGCUGGUGCUGGGCCAGGAAAGGACAUUCAGCUGGGACGGACCAGGAAACACCGUUGCUCCAGAUCCCAUCAACUCGUGCCUGACUGACCAGAGCUCAUGUGGUUGUUGUCUGAUGCAGAAGAAAAAAUGGGAGUUAGAGCAAUAUUUAAACUCUAGUAUGAAUUUACUGGAUGAUUUGCUGGCCAGAGCACAAAACACAAUGAGAAACAUCAGAGACAGUCGAGUGGCAUUUUCUGUGGGUUUAACUGACAAGAGACGUUGCAUUGGUCCAUUGAGGGCAGCGACAAAUGUGGUCUAUCAAAGCAUCUUCAUCAACAUUGGAGAGGCCUAUAACUCAUCCACUGGUGUGUUCACGGUUCCACGGUCAGGCGUGUAUAACCUGGCAUUUACUGUGUUCAGCGAUGCAGGCUCACCAGGUGCAUCGCUGGCUGUCUGUGCCUGCAUCAGGAGGAAUGGUGUGGCUCUAGCUGCACUUAGGGAGAUUUAUGAUCAAGACCAGGAGGAUCAGGCCACUGCCGUCCUGCUUGUGCAGCUCAGCACAGGGGACCGCAUUACCAUCAGUCUCCAGGCUGGCUGCUGGAUCUGUGAUGAUCAGAAUCACUAUAACACAUUUAGUGGUUUUCUACUGUAUGCUACAGAGUGAAGCACACACACACAUUAGUGAGGAGCUCUUAAAGAUGCAGUGGGUUUCACUCAAAGAUUAUGAAUUCUAAACCUAAAUGUCACACAAACCUGUCAACUUGCCUAGAUCUGAAGCAAAACUGGAUUUGAUAAAUGUAUAUGAAUUUUAAUUAGUGAAGACCUAUUAAAAUUUUGAAGCAUAUACUUUGUUUUUAAAUAUU